UGUCAGUAAUGGCUGUUUCCUUCUUACUAUGGCUGCCGUAUCUUCUCCUGACUCCAGUAAAUGUGUUUUCUUGUAUAAAUAGUAUAAAUAUCCCAAGGAACACACAGUACAAUGCAACCAUAGGGGAGACGCUCAGCCUACGUUGCCCUCUCCAAUUGUGCCCCGAUGCCAACCCUAGGGUGACUUGGUGCAAAAUGACGUCAGACAGAUCAUGCCAGUUUGUGGAGGAAAGAGUGGGCAUAUCAUUCCACUUGGCAGAAAACAAGACGGACAGCGCAGUCUAUCUUCUAAACUUUACAUCGACAGAGGUUAACGACACUGGAUUUUAUAAAUGCUCGGCACAGUUCCUGAAUCAGCAAGCAGUGGGACAUUUAAUAAAAGUCAAUAUUUUGGAAAGAAUACCUGGCAACGAAAACCCACAAGAGGAGAUAUGGAGAGGCCAUAGCUUGCCUUUCUAUUUCUUUCUAUUAAUGAUUAUUUUAUUAGUAGUUGUGAUUUUCAUAUCUGUACUGUUCUGCGUGUAUCGGCACAAAGGAUUCACCUGUAACUCAUCCGAAGGCAAGCCAAAAGUAACGUCUUCACGUGGAGAGAUUCGCCCAAAAAGUCUGUCUGGAGCGCGUACCAUUUGUGAUCAUGCAACAAAGAAAAAGAAAAAAACUGCAUUGAAAGAUAAUAACCCCGUCAUUUACUAUCCGACUGAUUUGAGGACGGAUCCCACUGAAUAUUGAACACAAUCUGAUUGACAUUCCUCAUCCGGAUGGGAUUACUGGGGGUUGCUGUUAUACUGGA